UAAUUCCACAGGAGUAGGUGUGCUCAGCUCCUCCUGCUGCUGGAUCAUUUGUGGUUCCCCCACAUAUUGCGUGGCGUAGGGCAGACCCUCCCUAUGCAUUGAAACACCCUUGAAGCAAUGCACCUUUUCGAAGGGCCCGACUUCUCUGCAAGGAUCCCUGGGGGAACUGUAGUUUUCCAAGCAGGAACCCUGCAAGGUCCUCCGGGCUGUGAGCUUCGUGGGCCACAAGGAAUUUAUUUUAUUUUAUUUUUUGCCUUUCCACAUUGUGGUGGAACUAAAGUGGGGGGGGGGAAGGUGGGAAAGGAUAAAGAUCUUCCAACCCUACUUGUCUCUCUCACACCCCACAACCCGUCCCCACAGGUCGUGGAAGAAGCUCAGUGACCUCUUCCCGGCAGCCUCCUCAUGGUGAAAAGAGAAGAAAUGGCUGCUCUGCAGUCAGCUCAGGGUCUGGUGUCCUUUGAGGAGGUGGUCAUACAUUUCACGAAGGAGGAGUGGGAACUCCUGGACCCAUGGCAGAAGGCUCUGUACAAGGAAAUCAUGCUGGAAAAUUAUAGGAAUGUGACCUCCCUGGAAGGAGGAGACCCUCUCAUGCCCAGGCCGGACCUCAUCCGCUGGCUCGAAGAGCUGGUUAUACCGCCCUGCAUGGAAGGAUACUCAGCAGCAGGAAGUAAAGAUCCAGAGAUUAAAAGUGAAAUAGAUUCCUACUGCCCCUUGCGUCCCCUGAAUAUC